AUGACCAUUUCGGCCAGAUUUUCGAAGCUUUUCAUGUCCCAUCUUGACGCAGAAUUCAAGAAACAGUCGGAUCCCGUUGUCAGAAACCUCAUAGCAUCGCAGUUCCAAGGGAGCCAGGUGUAUGGGACCGUAUGUCAUACCUGCAAUUACACCUCGGAACGCAGUUCCGAUUUCCUAGAGAUUGAAGUCAACAUUAAGGCCAACUCCAGGCUCGAGGAUCGCAUUAAAAUUGCAUUGGAGCCUGAAGUUCUAACACAGGACAAUCAGUACCUCUGCCCGCAAUGUAACUCUCUGCAGGAUGCAACGCGGUACACGGAGCUACGCCAACUCCCUCCCGUUCUCCAUUUUUCUCUUCUCCGGUUCGUGUAUGACCUCUCAACGAUGGAACGGAAGAAAUCGAAACACGUCAUCACCUUCCCUGCCGUUCUUGACAUGGGCCAGUUUCUCGGAAAACAGGGAGAUGGCGUCCCCAAUGACAACGCUCAAAACAUCUAUGAACUGCGUGGAAUCCUGCUGCACAAAGGAAGCAGUGCCUACCAUGGCCAUUACGAGGCGCAGGUCUACGACACGCAGUAA